AUGGUGAUACCGUCGCUGUCUGAGAUGGAGGGUGUUUCUGUGUUUCUGGCAUUCUGCAGGGCACAGCCGGGCACGCAGAGUGAGACAUUGCUGGACAUGCGCAUUCAGCCGGAGAUAUUCCACGAAUACGCAGACCGGUGGUGUUGUUUUGCCGAACUAUACCCCCUGACCUGGCAAGUUCGAGCGAGAGGGAUCAUGCGUGUAGACGAGGUGUACUCUGAAGUCGGGGACUAUGCGACCGAUGGGGAGCUGGAGACAGUGCCGUGCUCCGGUGCUGGUCUGGGCUUGAUCUGCCGGCCCGGCGAUCCAGAGUCGGCUCUUUCAAAUACGGAGCAGUUGUACCAUCAACAUGAACAUCAAUAG